UUAUAUUACUUAGUGUUACUAGUAGUAGUACUAUUUGUAUUACUCUUAGUAAUAUUUUACUUAGUCUAUGGUAUAGAUUAAUGGUGUUUGUUAAGUAUUACUAUUAAUCUGUUAGUCAUUUAAUGUAAACACUUUUAAGAAGUGAUUGACCUUAGCCUUGGGCUUAGCGUGGCGGUUUGUUUAGUUAAUUUAAAUACUAACUGACUGAUCAUAGCCAAGACACGUAUUGGCUCACUCCGAGUGUAGAACGGAGAAUUUACUAUCUAAGGAGGAAAAAUUUAAAAUGCAUCAUUUGUUAAACAGCAAAUCUACAAAUGAGAUUGUUCAGUCACCAGAGUAUUUGAGCUUUAGGAGCACUAUACCACAGAAAAAGAUUGUUGUAGAUGAAGAUCCAAAAAAAGUGUGGACAAUAUAUGAUGCUGGACCAAGGAAUGUUAAAUGCCCUCUGAUUUGUUUACCACCAGUUAGUGGAACAGCCGAUUGUUUUUUCCGUCAGAUUAUGGCACUGACUGCUCAUGGUUACCGUGUAAUAUCUGUUCAAUAUCCUGUUUACUGGACUAUGAAAGAAUGGGUUGUGGGCUUUCAGAAGUUUCUUGAUCAUCUUAACUUGGAUAAAGUUCACAUAUUUGGAUCAUCUUUAGGAGGGUUUCUUGCUCAGAAAUUUGUUGAACUGACAACUUCAAGCCCCAGGGUUCACUCGUUGCUUUUAUGUAACAGUUUUGCUGAUACAUCCAUCUUUAAUUAUACCGACAGUGCUGUACUGUUCUGGAUGAUGCCUUCCUUAGUUCUGAAGAGAAUGGUUAUGAGCAAUUAUACAAAAGGAAAUCUUCCUCCCGAGAUUGCCAAUUCUGUUGAUUUUAUGGUGGAUAAGCUGGACAGCCUUACACAACCUGAACUUGCAUCUCGACUCACUCUCAAUUGUGUGAACUGCUACGUAGAGCCACAGAAGCUGUUAGACAUACCAAUGACAAUAAUCAGUGUAGGUUUUGAUGUUUAUUUUGGGGUUGCUAUGUACGAUU